CGCUGUCGCACGCAUCAUAGACGGGAUCAUAUUACUGUAAUUGUUCGCAACACUCGAAAGCAUUUUUUCUCACCUUUUGUUAAACAGUACAUUGAUUAAUUUCUAUAUAAAUAAAUGUAUAAAAUAAAUAUCGGGAAAUAAGAAAUAUUCUUUUUUUUAUGGGAGUGUAACUGGCGUCGAUUUGGCCAGAAAGUCGACUGGAAAGACCAUAUUGCAGCAGCAGUAGGAUCCAGACCGAGCAUAGGUGCAAUAUGGAACGGCGCACCAGAGCAUCCUCAACGUUGCAUGCUCAAAACGCGGCUGCGCCUGUUCUGGAGACCGUGCCCGCGUCGUCACAGCUUCCCGUGGAAGUCAUUCCCGAGCCAACCGAAAUCUCGGUUAAAUCAGACAUCAUUCUAGCAGAACCUGUAGCCUUGGUGCCAAAAAAAUCCUUAAAACGCCCCUCGACAGUCAAGCGCCACCAUCUGACGGACGAAGCCCGGAAAGCGAUCAUCGACAAGCAUAUGAGCGAGCCCUUACUCAGUCAGCAGCAGAUUGUGGAAUGGCUGGACAGAGUGCACGGCAUUCUGGUGGACCGUACCACCGUCGGUCGGACCAUUCAGAAGUAUGCAGUCAAAGAAGAGAGAGACCCAACAGGCGCCGAUGUACUGGAAGCGACACUGUUCGAAUGGUAUUCAGCCCGGACUAAAUCAGCGGAAGUUAGUGUGGAGCCGUCUGCCGAUGGAGAUCAGAAUAUCACAAUUAUGGCCAUGAGCCUCAGCUCCUUUAAGGAGAAAGCUGCGGAACUAUUACUGACGGGAGAAUUCGAUGUGCCGACAAAUUUCAGUCUGUCUGAUAAAUGGCUGCAAGAAUUUUUGAAGAAGUAUGGUUUGGAAGUGACAGCCAUUUCACAGGACAGCGUUACCAGCGAAAUUGCGCCGGAUGUUAGCGACAAGACUGAUUGGCCCAACGAUCUGCUGCCGUACUUGGCACCGGUCAAGCGAAUGGAGGAAAUCGACGUCGAGGAUGCCGGGCAGGUGCAUGAAGUCCAUGAAGAACAGGGAUUUGUCGUGCCGGCUGCAACCAAGAUAGUUGCCGUGCCUCAGACUUGUCGAUAUUCAAAAAAAUUCGGUCGCGGCCGGGGAAACAAUUAUUUAACGGAUGUUACGCGCAAAGCUUUGCUGGAAAAGCACGAAGAAUGCCCGGACUGGAGCCAGACGCAGUUAGCAGAUUGGCUAAAAGACAAUUUUCAUGUCAAUGUUCAUCGCGCCACGAUAGGUCGCAAUAUUAAAAAGCUGGCUGUAAAUGGAGUGGUAAGAAGCGAUGAGGAAGACAUGUUGCCUGUUUCCGACUGCGAGGACGAGGAGGCACCUGCUAAAAAGCGACCGAAAAUCUGGCAAGACGCUGACGGUACCAACAGAGUGCAAUAUGUAGAGGAUGCGCUGACCGAAUACUACACCUCAGAAAAAUCUAACGGGAAACAUGUACCGGAAUGGAAACUGUGGAAGAAAGCCAUCGAAGUAUUAGCCGCGAACGGAACGGAAACGGACCGGUGUUUGUUAACAACGGAAUGGAAAAAAGGCUUUUGGAGUCGCCUUUCCAGUGCAGGAAAUUCAAGUAAACAAGCUGGUUCAUCAAGUGUGGCACGUAAAGCGUCGUUUGCGGAUUACGUAUCAGCCUCUCCAUCCGGUACUCCUCCGUCCAUAGCAGACGUCCACAAAAGUGUCAACGUAAUAAGAUUUUAUGUUUUUUCAUCCAAACUGGAUGCGGACUCCAAAAGGGAUCUCAUGGCCGAUUUGGAUGCGAUAUACCUGCGCCUGGGAGAAGCAAAUAACCUCGUAUCCAGUUAAUAAACUACUUCGUUUUUGCCACUUUUUGUUGGAUAUCAAUCUUAAAGACCGAAAAUGCCUUUACUUUAUUGCUUUUGCUGUUUUCGAGUCCAUCAUCAGUUAUUAUUUUCUCACCCGGCUGACCGAAAACGUUGUGAUCGGGUGUCUUUCAUACGAGAUUUCCUGGAAGGAGCACCUGAGAGCAAAAUGGUACCACUUAAUAUCACGGUGGUAUAGAGUGGUUAUUUAUGGGAUGCACAUGGCUACGGCCGGCUGAGUACGACGAAAAAUAUUCAGUGAAUCAAAGUGUAUUCGUAUACUUUUUUUAUAUGCCUUUAAAACUU